ACUUGCUAUAAGACAGCAUACGUGCGACGAAUUACAGACUGAUGAUGAUGACCCAGCUUAUCAUCACGCUGCGAUUCGUCUUGUUGUCGUAGAUGUUGCUUUUUUUUCGGCGAAUCUCCAAGAAGCAUCUUGUCUGCUGGAACUGGUCUGCCGGCCUCUGGACUAGAGAGUAGGGGUGCCUAGGACAAGGCGUUUAGGCGUUUUUGCCGUGGCCUAAGAUCGAACUCUGCUUUUGGCCCAUCGCCGCCAACAAGUGUUACAAAAUCGGGCGCUCAUUUGAAUGUUUCUGUGGCGGUCACUCCGGCGAAGGAUGACCGGCAAAGGUUGCCCGAGGUGGCCCGACGAGCAGCGAUAAGGUUGACGUAUAAAUAUCCACCGGUGGGCUCCUGGUGACAUCAGUACCGCAAGAAACGUCGUUGUUAGAGUGUUAGGGAGUGAAAUACAAAAAAAAACCUAGACAUUACCAUGAAGUUCGCCGUAGUGUUUGCCGCCGUUUUGGCCGUGGCCGUGGCCGUUCCCGUUGAGGAAAAGGACGCCCACAUUGUGCAGUACCAGAACGAUAACCAGGGAAUUGACGGAUACAACUUCCAGUAUGGAACCAGCAACGGAAUCCAGCGGACGGAACAAGCCCAACUGAAGCGGUUCGCCGACGACAUCAACGCCCUAGUCAUCCGUGGAUCAUACUCGUACGUCGGUGCCGACGGACAGACCUACACCGUGAACUACAUCGCCGAUGAGAACGGAUUCCAACCGGAGGCUGCCCACAUCCCUCGGGCCUAACCGGUUCCGUCGUUCCUCGCUAGUUGACUUUAACGUUAUUUUAGGGUUAUACAAAAAAUAUAUAUAAAGAAGCUGUGA